GAGCGAGUUUCCGGUUCCAUUGUGUGAGAGGUCUCCUAGCUUGAUGCAGGGGUGCUGUCGACAGCCUGCAGCUCCAGAAAAUAACAGGCUAAUUUAUCCCGGGUUUUAUAAUCGUUCCGGAAGAUGGUGGCUAAACAGAGGAUCCGCAUGGCCAACGAGAAACACAGCAAGAACAUCACGCAGAGAGGAAACGUAGCCAAGACGCUGCGACCACAAGAGGAGAAGUAUCCUGUGGGUCCCUGGCUGCUUGCCCUCUUUGUAUUUGUUGUGUGUGGAUCAGCCAUAUUUCAGAUCAUCCAGAGCAUCCGUAUGGGGAUGUGAUCCAAAAAGAGCCUCCGGACUCCCGUCCCCACCUCAUGCCCUCACUGAGCCUGGCUAGCUUGCACCUGCACACCCCCAACCCCUUCCAGAGGCCCAGAGACUGACGCCAAAGCUUCGGAUCCAGCAGACCUCAGAGAGAGAAGCUUCCCCGACCACCGCCUCCACCAGCCUGUCCUCGGAACAUCUCCCUGUCCCCGAUCAGUGUUUACAGUGUUGCAGUCUGUGGUACUGACAGCUUUUCUAUGGACAGUCUAAAACCACGCCGGCUGGAGAACAUGUGUGUCUCAUUACUCACUUGACACCUGUGUGUUUGUGUGUGUGUGUGUGUAUGAAUGUUUGACUGAUAAUAUAUGAGUGUGUGCGGCCAGUGAUUCCUGCUGACAAUGUGCCAUAUCUGUCUGUUUAAGUAUUUGUCUGUGUUACGUGAGAAGGAUCUUUUUUCAAAUAAAUGUCGAGCAUUUAGGCAGCGCAGUUUUA